AUGCCCUCAAUUUCCGGUCAAUCUAUCCUCGUCAUUGGCGGUUCGUCAGGAAUUGGCGCAGCCGUCGCCCGACUCGCCGCGGAGCAAGGCGUCCGCGUCUCCAUCGCGUCGUCCAACCCCGCACGCGUAGCCAGCGCUGUCACUAAGAUCAAAUCCGAGUCCCCAGCAACAAUCCCUGACACGAACAUCAGGGGAUUCACCGUUGACCUCGCCCAGCCGGAUAUCGAGCAGCGCCUCGAACAGCUCUUAGCCGACGCCACAGCCGACGGCUCUGAGCUCCUCGACCACAUCGUUGUCACAGCCGGCCAACCGACAACGCGGUCCCUUGCCCACACUGACCGUGACUACCUCUUCGACCAGGCACAGCUCAUACUUGUCGCGCCGAUCCUGGUCGCCAAGCUCGCCCCGCGGUUCCUCAAGCCGAGCUACACAUCGAGUGUGGUGUUUUGCGGCGGCAGGCUCGGCGAGAAGCCCAUAAAGGGGUGGCCGACUGGAGCGGCAUACGCGGCCGGGCUGGAUGGGCUGACGCGCGCGCUGGCACUGGAUUUGGCUCCGCUGAGGGUCAAUGUCGUGCAUCCUGGCCCGACGGAUACGGAGAUCUGGGGGGAGACGCCGGAGCAGCGUAGGAGCACGAGGGAGUUUUAUGCUUCGACAGCUCUAUUGGGCAAGGUUGGUACACCGGAGGAGGUGGCUGAGGCGUUUAUCUACCUGCUUAGGGAUUCGAACAUUACGGGCACGAGUAUCCACUCGAGUGGAGGCGUGCUGGUCCAGUGA